UGAACUGAAAGGAAAAGGGUAGCUGGUAUUCUUUUUUUCAGCCUUCUAGUUAAAAAGUCGGAAAUAGACAUGGCGACGCCAUAGACAGUUUGCAGUACCUCUUACAAUGUAAGCUUUACUUCCCGCUUUGAGUUUAUGGUUGCAUACGUGAUGUAACAUUGAUGUUAGACGCACUCUGACAUGCGUGUCUUGUAACAUAAACUAGUUUUCGCCACAUCUUACUGCUUUUGAUACAAAGAGCCGUCAUUUGGAAACGCCAAGUCAGCCUGAGGCCGACUUUGUGUUUGAAUAUGGCUGCUCCUUGCAGCUGAAGUUAGAUGUGUAGGGAAUAUGUUUAUCUUACAAACACUUGCCUGUGUCUAAAACAAAUGUUGCACCUGCAACUCUAAAUUGACCAAAUUAAACGUUGUGUUUUCUCAUUGAAAGUAAAGCUUAAAAUGCUAGUAAGAGGUACCGGUAACAAUGUUUAUGGGCGUCGCCAUGUUGGAAUUCAGACUUCUUAACUAGAACGCGCGAGUUCCCACUUUGCAGGUGGACGCAGUUCGUAAUGAGGGUAGUGGGAGUAUCUCCUAGUGUCCCGGUAGGAAAUCCGACUUCGAAGGUCGUUCCAGUUUAUUUUUCUGACUGAGAAGUGGGAAUUUUCAAAUUCUGAGUAGCUGGUCAGAAAAUAUAACAAAGCAACUACAAGUUACAAGAAUAUUUCGCAAAGACUUAAAGCAACAAAUGACAUUGACUGUAACUUUGUGGACUUCUAAGCCUGUAUUUAUUACGUUGUAAGCUGGUUCUUGUCACCUGGCUUUCCAAUUGCUGCCCUUAUCAAUUGCUUGUCUUGCUGAAUAGGUGUAAACCUUUAUAUUCCCUUAACAAGUCCGCCUUCCGUUUUUACUUUGGCUUUUUUGAGGGGUGAGUCCUGAUUCUGAGAACAUGAAGACACAGAGGACGGCGGCCUUUCAGCGGCAUCAGUCCGGGACUGCGCGCACCGCUGGAGGCAGUCGAGCUGCAGAGCGGAGCCUCUGUGUGUGUGAAGCAACUCCGGCUGAUGUUUGAGGCGGAGAGGAGAAGAGAGAGACGGACGGGAAGAGCGGGAGCUGUGGUGGACAUGACAUUUGAGCAAAGUCUGAACAGGAACAACGCGCUGCCCAAAGUAGCUAUGUCUGCGGCACGGCGCUCCGCUGGACUUCGCACAGGUGAAUCAGAACUCCGCAGUGGCUUCAAGCCCCUUUUCUUCCGCCGCUGAACGGAGAUUCGGAGGAGGGAGCAGAAGCGACGAGGCAGUGCCCGUUUCACCCCGCUACAGUCUGGCAGGUGCAGCCGCCAGGAGAGAGGGGCGGAGGGAGGCAGAGCUGCUGCCUAAUUAACUCCCCGACGAGCAAGAACACAGGGACGGCUUGCGGAAACAGGUGCGCACCGGAGAGGACGCUAUGUCAAAGGAGACAAAAGGAAGAGGUGCGGGGAGAAAGCACAGCGCCUCCCACUGGCGUCUGCAGAACAUCGCACAAGAAUCCGUCGAAAGCUCCGAUGAGGAGUUCUUUGACGCCAGAGCAGAUGUUAUGGAGGGGAAGAGCGCCAUUCUGCUGGGCAUGAGUCAGUGGAACUCAAACGACCUGGUGGAGCAGAUCGAAACUCUGGGACAUAUGGAGGACCAGUCUCAUGAGGGUCUGUACCAGCUGGGCGGUCCGCGCUGCGCCCCUCAGAGCAGCAUUGAAGGUUUGGAGGAUGCAGAGAGGAAAUGUAAAACCCACGUGCUGCUGCUGGCUGUGCACGGUGGAAACAUCUUGGACACGGCGGGCGGCGACCCGAGCACAAAGGCUGGCGAUGUGGCCACGCUGGCCUCGGUGCUGGAGAAGGUGACCCGGGCGCAUUUCCAGGCCGCCGAGGAGCAUGUGAUGAUCAAAAUGGUGCCGUGUCCGGCCGUGUGCGCCGAAGCCUUCUCUCUAGUGUCCAACCUGAACCCGUACAGCUACGACGAGAGCUGCGUGUCGAGCAGCGUGGACCACCUGCCUCUGGCGGCGCUCCCGCUCCUCGCCAUCGUGUCCCCGCGCUACCAGGACGCCGUGGCGACCGUCAUCGACCGAGCCAACCAGGUCUACCGCAGCUUUCUGCAGUCUGAGGACGGUCAGGGAUUUACCGGCCAGGUUUGCCUGAUGGGCGACUGCGUGGGCGGAGUGCUGUGCUUUGACGCUUUGUGCUUCAGCAACCACCCGAGGCCCGGCAGCCCCACCAGCAGCAGCAGGAACAACAGCACAGAGAGCCUGAAGGACAACACGGGCCGGCUGCGGGAGUCGAGUCCCGGCCUGAGCUCCAGCAAGAGGCUGAGCAAGAGCAACAUCGACAUCUCUGCUCCCAACGAAGGCCAGGGCGGCCCGUCGCUCAGCCGCAAGCAGAGCGACUCGUACGACGGGGACACCUCUUCCACGGGCCAGCACAACUUUUUUUCCAGUUUGAUGAAGGAGGGUGUAGAGGUGCGCGGUGGCAGCAGCACCAGUCUGGUGUUGAAUCCAGGCCGGUUCGACUUUGAGGUGUCGGACUGCUUCCUGUUGGGCUGCCCUCUGGGACUGGUGCUGGCCAUGAGACGCACGGUGCUGCCUGCUAUUCACGUGGGCCAGCUUCGCCCAGCCUGCUCCCAGAUCUUCAACCUGUUUUACCCCUCCGAUCCUUCAGCCUCCAGGCUGGAGCCCCUGCUGCAGCCUCUUUUCCACAAGCUGCCGCCGUUCGCCGUGCCGCGCUACCAGCGCUACCCUCUUGGAGAUGGGCGCUCGCUGCUCAUCGAAAGCAUCCAAAGCAACCCGGGCGUGUUUCUGGAAGGUGGCAAAUCCCACGGCGGUCCAGCUUCACCGCAUUCCUGUGAGAAGAAGAUAGACGGAGGUGGCGAGGCGAGAGGUCAUAGAGGAAGCGUGACCAGCGUGGAAAGCGAAAUGUCAGUGUGCUCCAUAAGCCAACUAGGGAACACCAUCGCCAACAUUUCCAGCGGCUGGUGGGGCUCCAAGAGGGUGGACUUUGCUUUGUACUGCCCCGACGUGCUCACCACCUUCCCCACGGUAGCUCUGCCCCAUCUUUUUCACGCCUCCUACUGGGAGUCCACCGACGUUGCCGCGUUUGUUCUCCGUCAGCUCAUGCAGUGCGACUGCGUAUGUACCCAGGAAGCGGACCACCUGGACUCGGCUCCGUUUUCUCCUUCCAGCCCACGUGAGAAAUGGCUCCGGCGGAGGACGCAUGUCAAGCUAAGGAACGUCACCGCUAACCACAGGGUGAACGAUGUCAUAGCAACAGAGGACGGACCUCAGACGUUAGUGGGCCGCUUCAUGUACGGACCCUUGGACAUGGUUACUCUAACCGGAGAAAAGGUCGACAUCCUGGUGAUGACUCAGCCUCAGUCUGGCCGCUGGGUGCACUUUGACACGGAGGUGACCAACAGCAGUGGCAGGGUUACGUACACCAUUCCCAAAAGCAAGAAGCUCGGCUUGGGAGUGUAUCCAGUAAAAAUGGUGGUCAAGGGCGACCAGACCAGCGCGGAGGCCUACCUGACUGUGUUGCCGCGGAGCAUGGAGUGUGUGGUGUUCAGCAUCGACGGGUCUUUUGCUGCCAGCGUGUCCAUUAUGGGCAGCGACCCCAAGGUCCGGCCUGGAGCCGUUGAUGUUGUCAGGCACUGGCAGGACCUCGGGUAUCUAAUCAUCUACAUCACCGGUCGGCCUGACAUGCAGAAGCAGCGCGUCGUGUCUUGGCUCUCGCAGCACAAUUUCCCGCACGGGAUGAUCUUCUUUUCUGAAGGGCUGGUUCACGAUCCCCUGCGACAGAAAACCAUCUUCCUUAAAAACCUGAUACAGGAAUGUCACAUCAAGAUAAACUCUGCUUAUGGCUCCAUGAAGGACAUCUCUGUUUACAACAUGUUGGGCCUCAGCCCCUCGCAGAUUUACAUCGUGGGCAGACCUUCUAAGAAGUACCAGAAUCAAUGCCAGUUCCUGAGCGAGGGUUACGCGGCCCACCUCUCCACGCUGCAGUUCGGACACAGAGCGCGGCCCAAGAAGUCCCCGUCGGUCCGCAUGGUGCUGAGGAAAGGCUCGUUCGGCCUCUCCGCCAAGCCCGACUUCCUGUGCAAGCGCACUCACCUGCGGAGGACGAUGUCGGUCCAGCAGCCCGACCCGCCGUGUGCGCCCAACCCCAAACCGGAGCGAGCCCAGAGCCAGCCGGAGUCGGACAAGGACCACGGCGGGGGAAGCGGGGCAGUCGGACAGGGUGUGUGGGGACGAGCCUCCAUGCACCGCGGGGACACCACGCCCUGACGCCCACACCACCCUGGGGGGAGUUCAGGAGGAAAGAAGAAGAAGAGAACUAAUGGGUCUUGGUGUCCGGGGCCAAGAGUCUGCUGUACACGUCUCUCUGCUGUACAUUGGAGUUUGCUGGCGGUCCUUACAGCUAAGCUUUACCUCCUGCUUGGCCCUCUGCACUUUUUCCACUCGAUGGAUUUCGUUUCGUGAUAUUCUCUAUAGAUAAGUUCAGUCUUCUGAAUUUAAAACAGUUGCGAAGUUGUUUUCUUUUGGCAAAUAAUUGUUCUGAGCUCAAAUGCUAUCUAAAUGUAAAAUUUGACCAACAUGGUUAUGACUGUGAAUUUACUCGCAUCUUGUAUUUAUUGCACACUCACGCCGAAGAGCUUUAAACCUGGGAUUGAAAGCGGUGGACUUUUCUCCAGACUACGGAACGCUGCACGCCGUUUCGGUUCCGUUCAGACAAACGUACAGCGAGUUGAUCGCGUUGGCCGACUCCAGCCAGCACUGCAGCCCCUCUGCCCAUGUAAAUACCCAGCACACACUCCUAUGCCUGGGCCUCUGGACACAGGAGUACUGUGACAUUUUGGCUUAAUCUCUACAUGAGUUCUGCGGCCUGCAGCGCUCCCAAGUAUCCAAUCUCUGCCUCCGCUUUUUUUUUCUUCUUAUACUCCCGCUUGCAUGUGGCUCACAUCAGUGCCGAUUCAUCUUCCCUUCAACCAGUAGCAGCGCCUGGUCUGAGUCUUGAAGAGAGCGGGUCACUUUUGUUUUUUCUGGGGUCUUUUUGCACUAACCGGCCGUAUCCUGUACAGUCGCUGCUUGGUGGUUGGAAGAAUAAAUGUUAUGAAUAUUGCCUAAACAUGUUUACAGGUUAUCAAGCGGUCGUGACAAGUGAUGAGAGCCUCUUUUCUGUAACUAGCUUUAUUAGCAGCUUCAGUUCACUCGCUCGUUCGACGCCAUUAGCUAGCUAAACCCGCGGACUUUGUACCGCUUAAAAAUCGGCCGGAACGCGCCCGCAUUUAUUUAUUACUGCUGCACUGAAAACUCGAGUAUUUAUGCUGAAAUCCGACAGUCUUGUGCACUUGAAGUUUUAUGUGGUUAUGUUUGGAAAAAUCUGUGCAUAUUUUUCUAUCAGGAAAUACCGUCAAUAGAGAUAUUUUCAAUGUAUGUUUUUAGAUCGGUACUGUUCACUCUUUUUCAUUUUAGCCUUAAAUUGUUAUGUUGUGGAGCGUUUGUUUCUCUCAUCAGUCCUGGCGUAAAGUGCAUUAAUGUCGACAUUUGACAGGUUUUAGAUGCUGUGGUAGUGUGUGUGUGCGCGUGUGUGUGUCUGUUGGUGAAUAUUCAGAGUAUAAAUGUCUCUGCAGAGGAGCCAGAGGAGGACGAAGAAGCCGAUGAGGAUCUAUCUGCAUGUUCUAUUUGCAGCUCCACUGCCAGUUUUUUAGGAACAGCGCUGGAUUUUUGUGGCCCUGGAAAGAAGCAGUAGGGCACAGGAGGAUUACUCAGCUGAGUCUUUUAUACCUGCUAUGAAAGGAGAGGGUAUUAUGCGGUCUUAUGGUGUCUUGUUUUAAAGAAAAAUCUGUGCAACGAAUGAUUUGUGCAAUCCAGAGGGGAGGAUUAUUGUGAAAAUCUACCUUUCUUUUCCUGUAGCCUGCAUAAAGUUUGACUUUUGGAUUAUUGCUAUGUAUGUAUGACUGAGUGUAGUGCUGCCUCUGAAAUAACACUGCACCGGUUCUUUAUUGAUAAAUGUAUGAUAUUGUAAGAAAAGACAACAACUUUAAAGUGUAUGUUUUUGUUUUGGAUGUACAGUUCCAGUGAGAAGUUUACGAUAUCCCACCUCGUAGUGAUGUAUAUAAACCAUAGUUUUUUCAGCGUGGAAUGAUGAUACAACAGACUGCCAGGAUUCUUUUUUUUAUGCAUAGGGUCAGAGCUAAAGAAAACACAACCUCAAAUACUGUUGAUACUUAAAUACACACUAACUUUUCUAUCAACUGUCUCUGAAUGUCUCACUUUCUGACAUUAAAUCAGAUAAAACAUUCUCUUUUCUAGCUCAGUUAUUACCAAAAUGAUUCAUUUGAAUCCCAGUUUUUUUUUCUUUGUUCUUUUUUGAUAAUUUUCUGUUUCUUCAAACAUUGAAAUCCUCCCACAAGUCUCUCACUCUCGUUUGCUGGAAUUUAUGAUGAUGAGAAAUCUGGCCAGGUUUUUGUGCCACUUUGCUCACACACUUAUGACCUGCUCUGCCCUCAAAACGUUUGGACAGAGAUCAGAAUUUUAUGAAACCUAAUCCGGAUUUGUGACGAUCCCAUUAGUAAGUAAUGUGGCAGUAUGUUUAGGCUAGUCUGACCUCCAACUCUAUCUAGCUUUUACAAUAAAUAACUAACUAGCUAGUGGAGUAGCUCGAUAGUUAUCUAGCUAGGUAGCUAUGUGGAUAGGUAGCUAGCUAGCUUUUAUCUGUUAUUAAAACCCGUUUACAUGCUAAAUUUAAUGGACGUAGUUUUAUUGUUUUUAAUCUGUUACUUAGGUAAUUCAACCAACCAAAUGGUGCAAAGUGCUAUUAUACAUAUUAAGCUUCUAAGUGUUUCAAGAACUCCUGACUAUUGAAAGUCUUUAGAAAAGUGGACUGUGGACGCUGACAUUAGCGUUGGGGACAUCUGUACUGCUUCUUUUUUUAAUUUUUUUCAUACUUAUUAUAACUCUUAUUUUAUUUACCUUACAUAUUUUCUUGUUUUCUUUUUCCUUUUCGACUUAUUUUGUUAUCAUUUUUUUGUACAGCACUCUGGCACAGUUUUAAACCUGUUUUUAAAGUGCUCUAUAAGUAAAUUUGAUUUUCACAUUACCACAUCAUGCUGUAUGUUAGCCUUGAAUAGCUUCAGUGAUAACGUAACUUUUUUUUUUUUUUUUGUACAGCUUAAACACAACAACAGUCUUUUUCAACAUCCCAUCACAAAGCUUUUCUAAGAUAAAUUUAACCACUAGUGGACCAAGAGUGGGAGUUUUCGUUUGUCCAUCGCUGUUGUUUUCUGCACCAAAUUUAUGGACGUACCAGAAACGCACAAAUGCAAAGGUCCUGGCUGGAAAAAAUUCUAUUUUAACAUAUUAAAAUCAGUGUAAUUAAUUAACCAAAAUUAACACGUUAGUCCCGAACAUGGUGUUCAGUAAAGCUGUUUGUUGUAUAAUCGCUGCUCCCCAAAACAGAAAGGUGUGAAUGCUUUAUUAUUAACCGUAGAUUCUGACCCAUCAUGAAUGUAUCUAAAUGUCUGAGCAGAACUGUACAUGUUGUUACCGAAGCAGCCAAAUGAACAUUCCCAUUAUUAACAGACACAUUAAACAAAUAGAUCCUGUACAACCUGUAAUGCAUAUUUUAAAACUUUUAUGCUAUAAAAUAUUAAAAAGUUACAGUUAUUAAAUGGCAAAUAACAGUCUAAUAGUUAUUUUGUAGCGUGAGUGAUCCUUAUUCAGUAUUCUUUACGGUGUUUGUGGUAUUGCUGGGCAAAUAAAAAAUAACCACAAUUUCACAUAACUCAUGAAAACCCAGGGAUUAAAACCAGUAAGAUGAACAUCUUAAUUAGAGCUUGUAUUUAUUACAAGUGAAUGAGUCUUAAAAUGAAAAAAAAAAACAACGUAGC